CGGUAUCGAGCAGCGUACGCGGCCUUUUACCUCAAACCAUCAUCGCGCAAGACAUCAAACAUUGGCCUGUAAAUCGUAAUCUCUCUCGGCGAUGGUCGCACCGCUCUACACCACUGCUUCUGGUCUACUUUUCCAUGCCGGCAAGAUCUUGGUUAUCACAGUUGGACUUCCAGCGAGAGGAAAGACUCAUAUCUCUCGAGCAUUGGAGCGAUAUCUACGAUGGAUGGGAGUCAAAACCAUAGUUGUCUCUCUUGGGGAUUACAGACGGAAGUUGUUAGGCAGUGGACAGCAACUUCCUCCGGAUUACUUUACCCUAGGUGAAAAGAGCGAAGAAACUCUGAAGUUACGCCAAAUGGUCUCCGAUGGUUGCGAGAAGAUGAUAUGGGACUUUUUUGAGACGGGGCAGGUUGUGAUAUAUGACGCUAAUAACGGUACUCGACAGGCUCGACAUAGAGUAGCAGAGAAGUUUGAUAAAGCUGGAAUUCAUGUCAUCAUGUUAGAAUCGCUAUGCGAUAAUAAAGAAAUCAUCGAAGCCAAUAUAAGGGGCGUCAAGAUCUCCUCCCCCGACUACCGUGGCUGGGAUCAAGAUAAAGCAGUUCAAGAUUACUAUAGGAGAAUCGAAGAUCAUGAAAAGUACUACGAGCCCGUUGAGGAGAAUACAUGGCCAUCGAUCCGAAUCCUAAACGUCGGCGAGAAAAUCAUGGUUUAUAAAAUCGUUGGUUAUCUUCAAUCACGGAUAGUUUUCUUCCUCAUGAAUAUCCAUAAUCGUCAACGUACCAUUUACUUUGCUCGAUCAGGGCAAUCCCUCAUCGAGCAUUCAUACAAGGCAGACUCUGACCUUUCGCCUGCCGGCUGGGAAUACGCAGAACGACUGAAAGAGUUCGUUGUAGAACGACGGGCUAAGAGCCUGGAGCAACGAGGAUUGAGUCCUGAUGAUCGCAAACUGGUGAUAUGGACGUCAACCCGACGUCGCGCGUACCAUACCGCCUGGCCCUUCCUUUACGAUGUUCUCCCACCCAAUUCCCCGGCGUCGUUUCAAACGACACAUCCUCUGGCCAGUAGCACCUUGCCAGAGGGUGAGAAUACUCUACCUCCACCGCCUUCCAAUCCGUCCAAAUCAUAUACUCCAGCGUUGAACGUCAAAGUGAUAGAGAAGCCUCAGAUGGCAGAAAUCAACCCUGGCAUUUGGGACGGUCUUUCACCGGAUCAGGCCAGAAAGUAUUACCCACAGGAUUGGGAACGUUUCGUGCGCGACCCGUAUUCUUUCCGCGCUCCUCGCGCUGAAAGUUACCAUGAUCUUAGUGUUCGGGUCGAACCUAUCCUGAUCGAACUGGAAAGGGAGCAGGAAGACCUCCUGAUUAUUGGUCAUGCAUCGGUAAUUCGAUGUAUGUUGGCUUAUCUCAUAGGCCUCCCCGCCUCGGAGAUACCAGCCAUCGAAAUUGCUCGAGGAGAUCUCUUGGAAGUCGUUCCAGCCUCCUACGGCGUCCACAGUCAAGCAUUCCAUUUCUGGGACGGACCUGGGAGACAUGGGGAUGAAGCGAACAACAUAUCGACGCGAGACGAGAACAAUUUCUACGAGAAUUACGCCGAGGACACCAAAGGAAAGAAAUUCACAACUACACAAGAACCUGCGGCUAGUCUCAGCGUUAUUGAAGCUGUGUAAGCGUCCCAGCGUCGUUAUCUAAACAGUAGAUAUUCCAUUGAUAUUUGCCUUGUCAUCUAUAUUCUUUGCUAUGCUUUGUACUCAGUGGAUAAUUGUAUCCAGCAAUAUACGUACUCCCUUUCCACGAUUAGGGG